GCUACGCGCUGAUGAGGAUCGUCGAGGUCUACAAGGAGAUCCAGGACCAGGAAAUGAAUAUCUUGAAGGCGUUCUACGUGGAUCUGCUGGUCCCCCUCGAGACGAACCUGGAGAAAGACACGAAGGUGGUCCAGAGCGAACAGAAGAAGUUUCUCCAGCAGCACAAGACCAGGUCCGAAACGUACAGCAAGGCCGCCGCGACGAUGAAGAAGCAGAGGAAAAAGUCGAGGGGCGCCAGCAAGAGUGGACUCGCCAUGGACAAAGAGCUGAAGAACAUGCAGAUCCUCGAGGAAGAGAAGUCCAAGCUAGACGCCUUUUGUGAGCAGAGCUUGAAGAACGCGAUGACGCAGGAACGAAGGAGGUACGGCUUUGUUCUCGAGCGACAAUGCUCCUUGGCGAAACAUUAUGCGAGUUUUCAUGAGUUCACGUUAGCUGCUCUUCAUCCCUCGGUUGAUAAGUGGCGCGAGGUAGCUGCUACCAGGGAAUACUUGCCCCAAUCCGUGGAAGAUAUGUUCGCCUCCAGACUUAGGCAAGUUUCAUUUUGGCCCGAGGACGAAGAAAAUGGCGGCUCGGAGCUUACGAUGAGCUCGCAAUUGAGGAAGACUAGAAGCAUGGACAGCUCUUGCUUGGAACUUCGACCUGGACCGCCUUCCGGAAACGUGUCGAGCACCACUUAUCAAGGCCCAUCAUCGCACCUACCUACAGCUCUGUCUAGAGCAAGGUCGGAAGCCAACCUUCACGCUUCAACGUUAUCUUUGGACCCGGAGGUUCCGGAUAUCCCGCCGAGGCCGAGGUCCAUGGCGCCUCCAGCAUCACGCAACAGCGGCAGCGUGGGCGGGGGCGGCAGUGGCACUGGGGUGAGUUCCGGUGGUUGGGGCGAUGCACCCCUCGCGAGGGCUGUCUAUGCCUAUUUGAGCUCCGGGGAAAAUCAGCUGAGCUUCCUGGAGGAUGAUCUCAUCGCAUUAAUGGGAGAUCGUCAGAAGGGCUGGCAAUUUGGGGAGAAUCUGCGCACGCACAGCUCCGGAUGGUUCCCACUGGCUUACACAGAAAUUAUUAUCGACGAUACUCUUGGAUCGCCAAGUCAUGGAACAAACAAUGGUCGUGCGUCGGAGCCACAGGCAGUUCCACCCUGCAAGCCUCCACCUUGUCGGCCGCCGGUGACACCGAGUAGCAUGGAUGAAGUGUCGAGUGGUUUCCACGGAGUGGGGAACAACAUCGCCAACAACAGCAACAACAAUAACAGCACCGGCACUCCGACUAACGUGCCGAACAGCAACAGUUCUCACAAUCUGGCUACACCCACUGCACGCCAGUCGAAACCGAUCCGUCCAUCGGGCACGUUGCCCACCGUUUUGGCUGGUGGUCGCAGGAUACAGCCACCUGCUCCGCCAGUUCCGCCGCCGCAGGUCGUCACGUCGCUUCACAGCAGCAACGACAGCGGGUUCUCGAACGAGCCACCGGCCCAGCCUGACAUCGACUACAGCGACGACGAGGCGAUGAGACAACGAAGAAGAAAGCCACGCGCCGAUAGAAUCGCCGAGGCCGCUAAGCAGCACCAGCACCAGCACCAGCACCAACACCAGCAGCAGCAGCAGCAGCAACAGCAACACCAGCAGCAGCAGCAGCAACACCAGCAGCAGCAACAACAGCAACAACAUCAGCAAUCCCAGCAGCAGCAGCAGAAGGAGGAGAAGUCCGGCGGCAAGGACUGGGAGAACGACUCCUGGAAAACGAUACCGAGGGACGAGAAGAGCUGGCAGCUGUACAGAACCGCGAUGGACCUGUGGGCGGAGUCGAACGCGAACCCGAGCAACGAGAACGGCGAGACCAGGUACACAUCUAGCCGGCACUACGACAGCCAAGAACGCAAGAACGGCCGGGACUACUCUGACCGUGGCACCAUGGAGAACGGUCCUAGCCGGAAGUCGGGCAAGAAGUCGCAGGAGAAGUCGAAGAAGAACGAGUACGAGGGCCGUGGUGGUCACGGGAACGCGAACCACAAGAACAAGAUGAUGAACAACGAGGAGCAGUUGCGAAGUUCGUCCAGGAGGAACAACGAACAGGCCGAGCAGAACCGUCGCGAAGCUAAACGCGGCAAGGAGCCGGUGGAGACGGAGGAGGACGAGAUCGAGCUGGAGGAGGAGGAGGAGGACAGCUACAGCGGCCGGAUCGAUUAUCAGAAGUACGAGGGUAAAAAGUAUUACGGGGACCGGUCGGAUGGUCCGGAACGGAAUUCUCGCCGCGGAGGAGGAGGCGGCUAUCGUCCGGUGGAGCAGGAGGAGCCGAAAUACGAGAACGAGAAGUCGUCGUCCGGCUCGUCAUCGGGCACCGACGACGAGAGCACGAUCACGAUCCCGGAGACCGGCCGGAAAGUGGAGCACAUCGCUCAGAAGCUCGAGCAAACCGCGCAGAAAUACGCCAGGGAGCACAGUCCGCCCAAGUUCAUCGAGCGUAGGAACGACUAUCGCAGUUACGACCGCCGUGAGGAGAAGCAAGCGCCGCCACCCUACGAGAGAUACAACGAGGGUGACAGGGGUCGGGAGUCGCAGAGAUUCGAGCGGGAGAGAGACCGUUACUUCGACAAAUCGCCGGCCAUGCCGCAGAAGACCUCCACUUACGAGCGCGACAGGACCUUCGAGAAGAAUCCCGACCGGAACCGGAACAUCGAGCGCGCUUCCGGGAGAAGGUUCGAGAGACCAAGACCGCCGUCCGAGGAAGCUCCCGAGAGGCCUACCGAGCCUCGGAGCGUCUACAGGGAGCGCAGGUUCUCCGACAAAGAGGAGGCCAUCUACGGCGAGACGAGAUUUGUCAGGGAGGUCACCGUGGACAAGGAGCGAGGCUACGAGUCGAACUUCGAGACGAAGCUGGAGAGGACGAAGGUGAUCGAGAGACACGGAUAUCAGAACCAGCUCGGGCAAGGCAACCUUCAGAAGUUCCCGAGGAACGGGACCAGGAGCAUGGAGAAGAACGACACGAACAACAAUACCUUGAAAGACGACAACAGGAAGCCGCUGCUGCCGCGACAGACGACAGCGGUGGGACACUUGAUCCAGACCGGCAGAGCGUUCGACGAGUCGAAGAGUCCCAAGCUGGUGAAGAGGACCAAGUCUUUCUGGAGGUUCAGAAGGGACUCCGAUGUCCUGGAGGGCAUGGCGCUCUGGCAGCAUAGGUCCUUGGUGGACAUUCCUAAGAUGAUUAAGAAGGAGACGAAGGAGGACGUCGGGAACUCCGAGGAGCCCAAGAAGCCCAGCCCGGAAGGCAGCCCUAACUCUCGCCACAGUAUAGAGACCAGAAACAGCGACGUAACGAUCACCAACGAGACACGGCCGGAGGAUUUGAAGCCAGCGGAGAGGAGCCAUGUGCCGGAGAAGUCCGAUUAUUUCGAGGACUUCCCAACGCCGGCCGAGAGACCGAAGGCAGUCGAGAGGUCCGAGUACCGGAUGCAUCAGGAGGAGAGGUCCUAUUUCAUGGGCAAUGUGUCCCGGAAAGCCAUCAUCGAGAAGGAGCGGAAACGGAGCCUGGAGGCCAAGCGGAACAUGAUCGUGGCUGAGCUGAAGGAGAACAAUGAGGCGAAGAGAAACGAGAGGAGGAAAAAGUACACAGACGACGAGGACGGGAUGACGCAGAACUUCAGCGAGACAGAGGCGUCCGACGAGGAGUCCACGUAUAGUUGCAUCGUAGUCAAGGACCAAACGGUCGCCGAGAAGACCCUAUUGCCCAGGACCAAGCUGCGCAGGGAUUCCGAUCGCGAGAGGGAUAAAAAUACGUGCGGACCCUGGUACGAUCUCUGGGGAGUGGACGCCUCGGUGAACAAGAAGAAGAAGAAGCAACAGUAAACCUAGAGAAUCCCCUGGCCGUGGCGACACGUUGGCUCUUGUUGACGGUCGUCGAUCGUCCGGAACAGGAGAACCAGUCCCGAACAGAAUGGACGCGCAACUCACGGUCCGCUUUUUAUGAUUUCUAUUCAGAUUUGUUUUGUUUUUUAGUUAUCGUUAUCACCCCGACUUUCUCACGUCACGAACAGACCUUCCCAUUGCUCCCGAAGUAUCCGAACACUAGACGUGCGCUGGUACUCGCAUCUCGCCAGCCGAGCCGAACUCGGUUCGAUUUUUUCCAGUUACUCGAAAUCGACGAACUGUUCGAACGUGCGAGUUACUUGAAAAAUCCGAAUUCGCGAACGCUCCUAAAAUCACGAAGUAGAAUCUCGAUUAUCCUUGAAUAUCGAAGUUCUCAAAUCAAUUAGAAAUCAAUUGAAAUUGAAACUGACACUGUAAUCUUAAAUAUCCUGUAGAUCCUUGAAAAAUGCGAUUCCUGAUGUCAUUUGAAGCAACUUUUUCCUUAGCGAAAAUCUUCUCGACGGCUUUGUUAACGAGUUAUCAACGAAAAUCGCGAACCAAUCAGAGAACGAGUGCGACUGACGCGCCGCCCUCGCGGCCACUUCCACGUCGAGCUAGUCAUCACGUUGGAAUCCGUUCACUGUACUCGUUCUUUGAUUGGUCCGCGUUUUUCGUUUAUAACUCGUUAACAAAGCAGCGGAGAACAUUUUCGUGAAGGAGAAAAAUUCUUCGAAUGACCUCGGGAAUCACCUCUUUCAAGGACUUACAACAUUUUUGAGACACCUUAGUAUGCAGGUGUCUCUAAUGCAUGUGUACUCUAAUUAAUAUGCUUUAUCAGAUCAAGCAUGAGCAUUUGAGCCGAUCGCAUUUUUUCGAACAGUUCGCAACGAUCUCGAAUAUCUCGAUGAAUUCGAACGCUCGACUCGGCUCGAAAGAUCGAUCAUUGCUCGAUUCGAAUAAAUCGAGUACUGGCGCACCUGUACCGCACACCUAUCUUACCAGCAAGCGUAGCUGUUGCUCGAUUACGUUUCCCGCUCUCGUCGGCGCUCGUUCACGAUCAAAUCGACCAGUUGACGUUAAUCGAGCCUCGCGGAGCGUGCUGAUGAACCGAUACGCGUCCACGUGACGAGUGGGUUCGUAUCGCGACGGAAAAACAACGUUAUGGAUGGUGAUUCAAUCAUAACUCUUGUUCGAUCUGUCGUUACAGGACACCGCUGUAAUUCGUUGAUGCUUGGAUUGCUCCUGCAAAGUGGCACGUACAAUAAUUAUUCAUAGUUUAGCGUAGCCGGCUCCUUGAUAUGUUUGUUUUCGCAUGUUCACGCACCGCCUGCCAACGAGUGCGCUCCAUUGCAUGUCGCAUCGCAGACACUCGGCGCAGUUUUGAUUUUUAAUUAAUUUAUAGCGAAUUGCUGCUGGCGGAACGUCGCUUUCCGUUUGUUCGAGGACGCGAGCACGAGUUUACUCGGCUAUCGAAUAUUCAGAGUUUCUUUGUUUUAGAGACCAUUUCUGUGGACAUGAUUCAGAUGCAACGUUUCGUUGACUGUGCGUUGAAUCUCGUUACUGUAUUCUUUAUGCAUUAGAAUGCAAGAUAAUCUUGAUGUUACUCUUUUCAUUUCACAAGGAGAUGGGGACAAAAUUAUUUUUCUCAAGCACCAGAGCUGGGUAAUAUUUAUAAAGAGAAUAUUUGAAAUAA